AUGGCAGGAUUUGGUUAUUUGCCGAUGUCUAGAACUGAAUUCUUUUUUGUUUAUUUUUGCAUUGCAGUGAAUGACCUAGGAGGGGACUCCACAGGAGUUGGCAAAAGCUCCUUAGCUGCUGAUAAGGUUGUUGAAGAAAUAAGGAGGAAAGGUGGAAAAGCAGUGGCUAACUAUGAUUCAGUGGAAGAAGGAGAGAAGAUUGUGAAGACAGCACUGGAUGCUUUUGGAAGAAUAGAUAUUGUGAUCAACAAUGCUGGGAUUCUGAGGGACCGUUCAUUUAGUAGAAUAAGUGAUGGAGACUGGGAUAUAAUCCAGAGAGUUCAUUUGCGGGGCUCAUUCCUGGUGACCCGGGCAGCAUGGGAUCACAUGAAGAAACAGAACUUUGGAAGAAUCAUCAUGACUUCAUCAGCUUCAGGGAUAUAUGGCAACUUUGGCCAAGCAAAUUAUUGUGCUGCAAAACUGGGUCUUCUGGGCCUUUCAAAUUGUCUUGCAGUGGAAGGCAAGAAAAACAACAUUCACUGUAACACUAUUGCCCCUACUGCUGGAUCACGGAUGACCCAAAACAUUUUGCCUGAAGAUCUUCUGGAAUCCCUAAAGCCGGAUUACGUGGCACCCCUGGUCCUUUGGCUUUGCCAUGAGAGUUGUGAAGAAAAUGGUGGCUUGUUUGAGGUUGGAGCAGGAUGGAUUGGAAAAUUACGAUGGGAGCGGAGCCUUGGAGCCCUUGUGAGACAGAAGACUCAGCCAAUGACUCCUGAGGCAGUGAAGGCUAACUGGACAAAGAUCUGUGAUUUCGAUAAUGCCACCAAGCCUCGGAGUAUUCAAGAGUCCAUUGGCAGUAUAGUUGAAGCUCUAAAUAAAAUAAAUUCAGGUGAAGGAGUUUCAGCAAAUCAGACCAGUCAUGCAACAUCAGCAGACACAUCUGGAUUUGCUGGAGCUAUUGGUCAUAAACUUCCUCCAUUUCAUGCUUCUUAUGCGGAACUGGACACUAUUAUGUAUGCCCUUGGAGUGGGAGCAUCAGUCAAGGAGCCAAAAGAUAUGAAGUUUAUUUAUGAAGGGAGUUCUGAUUUCUCCUGUUUGCCAACCUUCGGAGUUAUUCUUGCUCAGAAAUCUAUAAUGGGUGGAGGAUUAGCAGAGAUUCCUGGGCUUUCAAUCAACUUAGCAAAGAUUCUUCAUGGGGAGCAGUACUUGGAGUUAUAUAAACCAAUUCCCAGAGCAGGAAAAUUAAGAUGCGAAACAGUUGUUGCUGAUAUCAUGGAUAAAGGAUCCGGUUUAGUGGUUCUCCUGGAUGUCUACUCUUACUCUGGGGAGGAACUUAUAUGUUACAAUCAGUUCUCCGUCUUUGUUGUUGGUUCUGGAGGCUUUGGUGGAAAACGGACAUCAGACAAAGCCAAGGCAGCUGUAGCCAUACCUGAUAGACCUCCUGAUGCUGUACUUACAGAUACCACCUCACUUAAUCAGGCUGCUUUGUACCGGCUCAGUGGAGACUGGAAUCCCUUACACAUUGAUUCUAACUUUGCUAGCUUAGCAGUAAAGGUUCGUUUUGCAAAACCAGUAUACCCGGGACAGACUUUGCAGACUGAGAUGUGGAAGGAAGGAAAUAGAAUCCAUUUCCAAACCAAGGUCCAAGGAACUGGAGACAUCGUCAUUUCAAAUGCAUAUGUGGAUCUUGUGCCAGUGUCUGCUGCUUCAGCAAAGACACCAUCUGAGGGUGCGGGGCUUCAGAGUACCCUUGUGUUUGAGGAAAUAGGUCGCCGCCUUCAGAAUAUUGGGCAAGAGGUGGUAAAGAAAGUCGGUGCUGUGUUUGAGUGGCAUAUCACUAAAGGUGAAAAUAUUGCAGCCAAGUGGACUAUUGACCUGAAAACUGGUUCUGGAAAAGUGUAUCAAGGCCCUGCAAAAGGCUCUGCUGAUGUAACCAUCACACUUUCAGAUGAUGAUUUCAUGGAAGUAGUCUUGGGCAAGCUUGAUCCUCAGAAGGCGUUCUUUAGUGGCAGGCUGAAGGCCAGAGGGAAUAUCUUGCUGAGCCAGAAGCUCCAGAUGAUUCUUAAAGACUAUGCCAAGCUCUGAAGGAUGUGCUACGUUAUUAAUUACAACAGAAAAAUUAAAUACUCUCUUUGCCUAAAUAUGCAGAAAUAAUCCAGCAAAAAUGAUCAAAAUUAAGGUACAGGGAGAAUUGCUUAACAUUUUCAGAAUCCAGAUAACUUUCAGAUUUUUAUUUUCUACUAAUUUUUCUUGUUAUUAUUUUUACAAGGAAUUGUAAGCUGGGCACAUGUUUAUCCUUCUGUCCUUAGACCGAUGUCUUCAUAAUAAAAAAUUUUCACCCAAGUCCAGUCUCUUUAGAAUUGUGAUAGCAUUUAUAAGUUGUAAGGAAAAUUAAAUGAGUAGAGGCUA